GGCCGGGCGGGGCCGGCAGCGCCAUGGCGGAGACGAUCAUAAUCCGUGUCCAGUCACCGGAGGGGGUGAAGCGCAUCACGGCAGCAAAACGAGAAACUGUUGCAACGUUUCUAAAAAAGGUCGCAAAAGAGUUUGGCUUCAGGAAUAAUGGCUUUUCUGUGUACGUCAAUAGAAACAGGACUGGUGAGAUCACAGCCUCACAGAACAAAUCCCUUCACCUACUGAAAAUCAAGCAUGGUGAUAUGUUGUUCCUCUUCCCCUCGAGCCCUGCUGGCUCUUCCUCUGAGAACAUGGACACCUCUAUUUCCCAAGGGCUGUUGCGCCCCUUGGGGGUCCCUCACGUGGUGGAAGAUGAGAUCGACCAGUACCUAAUCAAACAGGAUGGGAAGAUUUACAGGAAUCGAGACCAGCAACUGUGUCGACAUGGCCCUUUGGGUAAAUGUGUGCAUUGCGUACCACUAGAGCCUUUUGAUGAAGAUUAUUUAAACCAUCUGGAACCUCCUGUGAAGCAUAUGUCAUUCCAUGCCUACAUCAGGAAGCUGACCGGAGGAGCAGACAAGGGGAAGUUCGUUGCACUGGAAAACAUCAGCUGCAAGAUUAAAUCUGGAUGUGAGGGACAUCCUCCCUGGCCAGAAGGCAUUUGCACCAAGUGUCAGCCAAGUGCUAUCACACUCAACAGACAGAAAUACAGGCACGUUGACAACAUAAUGUUUGAGAACCACACGCUUGCAGAUCGCUUCCUCGACUUCUGGAGAAAGACAGGGAACCAGCAUUUUGGGUACUUGUAUGGACGAUAUACAGAGCACAAGGACAUCCCCCUGGGUAUCAGGGCUGAGGUAGCUGCCAUCUAUGAACCUCCACAGAUUGGUACACAGAACAGCCUGGAGCUCCUAGAAGAUCCGAAAGCCGAGGUGGUGGAUGAGAUUGCUGCAAAACUUGGCCUGAGAAAGGUUGGCUGGAUAUUUACUGAUCUGGUCUCUGAAGAUACACGGAAGGGGACUGUUCGAUAUAGCAGAAACAAGGAUACAUAUUUUUUAAGUGCAGAAGAGUGCAUCACUGCUGGAAACUUUCAGAACCGGCAUCCCAACAUAUGUCGCCUGUCUCCAGAUAGUCACUUCGGAUCCAAAUUUGUCACUGUUAUGGCUACAGGUGGUCCCGACAACCAGGUCCACUUUGAGGGUUACCAAGUCUCUAAUCAGUGCAUGGCACUGGUACGGGAUGAGUGCCUGCUGCCGUGCCGGGAUGCACCAGAGCUCGGCUACGCGAAGGAGUCCAGCAGUGAGCAAUAUGUGCCUGACGUAUUCUAUAAGGACAUAGACAAGUUUGGCAACGAGAUCACUCAGCUGGCUCGCCCGCUCCCUGUCGAGUAUCUAAUCAUAGAUAUUACCACAACUUUCCCCAAGGAUCCAGUUUACACUUUUUCUAUUUCUCAAAAUCCGUUCCCUAUUGAGAACCGUGAUGUGCUGGGAGAAACUCAGGACUUCCACAGCUUGGCCACGUACCUAUCUCAAAACACUUCCUCUGUUUUCCUAGACGUCAUCUCUGAUUUCCAUCUGCUCCUUUUUCUGGUCACCAAUGAGGUCAUGCCUCUGCAGGAUAGCAUCAGCUUGCUGCUGGAGGCGGUGAGGACCAGGAACGAGGAGCUGGCGCAGACCUGGAAGAAAUCGGAGCAAUGGGCCACCAUUGAACAGCUCUGUAGCACGGUUGGGGUCCCGCUCUCAGGGUUACAUGAAUAUGGUGCCAUGGGCAGUUCAACACAUGCUGCGUCCUCGGCCAUGUGGGCUUGCCAACACUGCACCUUCAUGAACCAGCCCGGCACAGACCACUGCGAGAUGUGCAGCCUCCCCAGGACCUAGCCCCCGCUGCUUGGCGCUCGGGGCAGACUGACAAAUACAGAGGCAAACCCUUUAAAAAGCAGGCUGGUUUCUCAUGCCCCCCUCCCCCGUAAUGAUGCGCCACAAGGGGCAGACCGAGAGGGGGGUGGGUUGCCAGGUCUGUGUGUCCGAUUGCAGAGCGCUCUGCACUGUCCUUUCUGGGGCCUACCGAUAGGGAGGGGAGGCAGGCCGGCUGCUGGUGGGAUUUCAGCUGUUAGACCAGCAUGAGGAGACCCUUGGCUUCAGUGUCCACACACUCAGCUCCCCCCGCCAUGACUCGGGCUAUCUCCCUACGCUGUCAUCCUGGGACUGGCUCUCCUGCCAUCUCCAGGGGCUCUCUAGGCUUUGUGCUGAUCUCAUUCGACAGCAGCUGCUUCUCCCUCUGAGCUGAGCGAGCUCCGGGGCGCAAGGCAAAGCGGGGUGGCUGGGCGGGCCAUCUCCACAGGUGCAUGGCAGCAAGGGGCUGACCUCCCCCGAUUAGCUUGCAUGGUGUGCAGCUCCCCUGUCCCAGCAACCUUAACACAGGAGAUGGCCUGGGAGGAAGCGAUGCUGUAGGCAUGGCGUGGUCCCACAGGCCGCUCUUAGCAGGGGAUCGCUGUCCCCCCUCCCCAGCGCUCCUUCUCCGAUGCCUGGUUGGUUUGUCAGCAGUCGGCUCUUCUCCAGGGUUUUCUGUAGCCCUCGGUGCCUGACUCGGCUGAGCCUCCACCAUAAUUACAGCUUUGACUAAAUGGUCUACAGCCGGAGAACGUACAAUGAGCACCAGCGCUGGGCCAGAAGCAAAGCUGCCAAGCCCCACAGCUCAUCCGCAGUGCUCUGACGUGCACUUGGUAUCCGUCCCUCUGCGUACGCAAGAGCCCUGUCUCUCCUGGGUGACCCCUCACUGCAGCCCAGUAGCACGGUGCGCAGAUGAUUUGGAGCUGCCUCUCCACAAAGUGGAUUUGGCAGUCGCUCCUCGGCUCUCCCCUGCCUAGGGUCAUGGCACCCAGGGCAGGGCUGGGUCUGCUCCUGCUGGCUAGAUCUCCCAAGGGCUGACGAACAAGCAGAGGGAGCUCGCUGCCCCAGACCAGAGAUGGGGCUGGCACCUUGGCUUAUCGCUUUUGCUAAAGCGGUUGGUGGACAGGCGCCCCAGCUCUGGAGCAGGCCUCCUUUCACCCCGCCUUUCUCCCUUAAGGACACAGCCCACCGCAGGGUGCAUGCUCCUUCCAUUGCAUUUAGUGCCGUCUCCUCCAUCUGCCAGCCACUGGAGGAGCUACUUUCCUUGGCCUUCUCCCCUCUGCAGAGUGAGGCUGUGGCACUUUGGAAGCGAAUGUAACUUGUAAGUCUGCUUUGCGUUAACAAGUGCAGGGCCUGGCUCCAGCACCCGUUCUGCAUUAGACCCCCCCCCCCCCCCCCCAGGCCUGGGCUGGCUGCUUGGUAGUUAGCCCCAGUCCUGCAGCCAGAGCCCAGGUGCCCAAGCAAAGGGAAGAGCCCCACACCUUACUUUUCAGCAGCUGAUCCGCUCCCCUGGAGCGAACUGAGCCCCAUAGCAAACAUGCAGCAUGUUCCAUCCUUCCAACUUGCCUGGGUCUCCUCGCAGCAAAUCCAGUCUUGUUAGCUGCUCUCUAGUGCCUGAAGUUCAGAGCUGACCUUGUGGGCCACAGCCGGGAUGUUUGUGGGGACCAGGCCACAAGGGGCAGAUCUCCCACUAAAUCACCACUCUCUGCUGUCCCUUUAAAUUUAGAACAGCAGUUGCUGCUGUUUUUAAGCAUACUGGGGCCGAAUUGCAGGUCUUGUUCUUCCUCUGCUUGCGCAUUAGUGACCUUAAUAACAGCCCAGCUGGCCAGCCCCCGAGCCCAUGUUAGCAUGGGGAAGUGCCAUUCGAAAGCCUGCCUUGCCCCUCUCCCGGAGUCUAGCUGAACUUUGGCCUGUUUGCCAUUCCCGGAGCAGCACCCGGCCCCUGGGGUUCACCGCCUCUCUCCAGUUGUACUCAUUCAAACGCCCCAACAUUUCCUGAGCUGCAUUGUAAGGAACCCCUUCCCAGCUGUUCAGAGAGGCGCUCUCUCGUUCUCCAAAGAGAACCAGGGGAGGAGUGGGUCCCCUUGGCAGGAUAAUGCUGCAAGCUUGUUUCCUUCCAGACUGAUAGGGGAACUAGGACUGGCUGAUCAUAAUGGGUCAAACCGUCCCUUGGUACCCCAUCAGGCGGGGCUUUUCCCCUGGUCCCCUCUACAGGAGGCCAGUAGCAGGGUGGGCAAGCUGGGGGGGGGUGGGGGGGGACACAGUUUGACUUCUCACAGCUCAUCCCUGCACUCCCACCCCCUUCGCUGCAACCCAUGAGCAGCUGGCAGGAGUGACGUGGUUUCUACCCUUUGCAGUUGAAGGAUCCCUCGCGCCGUCCUGCUGCUGUUUGAAGAGUAGUUGAUUGCAGGCGCCUCUGUCCGGCACUGGGUUUGUGUGGGGGGGUCUCCUGAGCUCCCUAGGGGGAGCUGCUCUUGCUUUUCUGUGCUCUUCGGCUUGCAGAGGUGUGCGUCUUGGGUGUGGACUGGAGUUCUCUUCAUUAAAGCCCUGCAAGUAAAAUCUAAUAAAAGCACCUGAAAU